AUGCUGUCCACUCUCCGCGUCGCCGCCGCCGCGAGGCAGCCCCUCCUGCGCCGCGCUGCCGGCGCCAACGCCGUCGCCGUUCGCUCCGCCUCGACCUGGGCCAAUGUGCCCCAGGGCCCUCCUGCCAUUCUCGGCAUCACCGAAGCCUUCAAGGCCGAUUCUUUCGACAAGAAGAUCAACCUCGGUGUCGGCGCAUACCGUGAUGACAAGGGCAAGCCCUACGUGCUCCCCUCGGUGCGCGAGGCCGAGCGCAAGGUGGUCGACGAGAAGCUCAACAAGGAGUACGCCGGCAUCACUGGUGUCGCAGAGUUCCCGGCCCUCGCCGCCAAGCUGGCCUACGGCGCCAACUCGCCUGCCCUCGACCGCGUCGCCGUCACGCAGUCCAUCUCGGGCACGGGCGCCCUACGCCUCGGAGCCGCCUUCCUCGAGCGCUUCCACCCAGGCGACAAGAAGAUCUACAUCCCUACGCCCUCGUGGGCCAACCACAAGGCCGUCUUCACCGACGCGGGCCUCAACGUCCAGCAGUACCGGUACUACAACAAGGACACCAUCGGCCUCGACUUUGAGGGCAUGAUUGCCGACAUCGAGGCUGCGCCCAAGGGCAGCAUCUUCCUCCUGCACGCCUGCGCCCACAACCCCACCGGCGUUGACCCAACCCCCGAGCAGUGGAGGGAGGUUUCCAAGGUUGUCAAGAAGCAAGGCCACUUUGCCUUCUUCGACAUGGCCUACCAGGGCUUUGCCAGCGGCGACUGCGACAAGGAUGCCUUUGCCGUCCGCCACUUUGUCGAGCAGGGCCACCAGAUUGCUCUGUGCCAGUCCUUCGCCAAGAACAUGGGUCUCUACGGUGAACGUGUUGGUGCCUUCUCUCUGGUCUGCGCCGAUGCCGCCGAGAAGAAGCGUGUCGACUCCCAGCUCAAGAUCCUCAUCCGCCCCCUGUACUCGAACCCCCCCAUCCACGGCGCCCGCAUCGCCUCGGAGAUCCUCAGCAGCCCCAAGCUCUACCAGCAGUGGCUCGGCGAGGUCAAGGCCAUGGCCGACCGCAUCAUCACCAUGCGUGCCCUCCUCAAGGAGAACCUCGAGAAGCUCGGCUCCAAGCACGACUGGUCCCACAUCACCAGCCAGAUUGGCAUGUUCGCUUACACCGGCAUGACUGCCGCGGAGAUGGACAGACUGGCCAAGGAGUUCUCCGUCUACGCCACCAAGGACGGCCGUAUCUCCGUCGCCGGCAUCACAUCUGACAACGUCGGCCGCCUAGCCGAGGCCAUUUACAAGGUCAAGGGCUAA